UCGAAAACGCAGGGCACACUCGACCUCCAACCUUUUGGGCCAUGGUGGUACCUCUUCCGGCCAACGAGAGCAUCACCGCCCUACCGGAUGGCGGGCAGCCGAUGCUGGUCCUGAUCCGCUACGCGGUGGUAGGCCUUUGGGUCUUUUCCAUCUUUUUGGUGAUCAUAUCUCCAUUGAGUGCCCUCAGCCAGCUGGGUAUGGCCUGGCUGGGAACCUACCUCUUAGCUGAGGACCCACAGAUGAGCCCAUGCUAUGCUCGUUUACGGGCCACUGCACUUGGUCAGUGCUGUGGAGAUGGUGGCCUCAGGAUGUUGUUCCCCUUCUUCUUGCUGGGUGCUGUGAACUGCUUGGUGGAUGGGGCAACCUUGAUUCAGAUCUUCAGUGUCAAUGGCUGGGGAAGCUUCAAGAUCGUUGCAGUGGAUGCCCUGCUGGGGGUCUUCACCUUUGAGUUCCUGGGCGCUUUGGCCUCCUGGAGGUUGGUCAAGAUGGUGAUUCCGAUGGGCGGGUUCGCCGACAACGGCGCUCUGGAUGGAUACCGAGAGCUUCCCGGUGCUCCAGGUCGGCCGUUAGGUGGUCCAGGCCCAGGAGGCAUCACAGGUGCCGGAGCGCCACCGGGCGCGGGCAGCACGGAUGCCUUCAAGCCCUUUCAGGGAACCGGUCACAAGCUCGGUUCAUAGCAGACUUUGCAGAAGGACCCAAACGACCACGGUGACGCCGAUGAGUCGACAGUCCUGGAAGUCCUUGGACAUCGAAGCUGGAGAAAACAGGGAGAGAACUGUUUCCACUCAGAACCAUCGUUACGGGGAUGGACGGCGAUUCUGAGACCGGUCCGCCUUGAUUUUUGGCGGUUUCUUCAUGUAACCAGGACUAUACCACCAUGGGAGAG